AUGUCCUUAGCUAUUAUUAAUGGCAGAGGGUUACCUUUCUGUAAUUAUCUAUUCAAAAGAUCGCUUGAAAAGUAUGGAGCAAAACAUAGGGUGGAAACACCUUAUCAUCCACAGAUUAGUGGACAGGUUCAGAUGUCCAACAUAGAAAUCAAGUUCAUAUUGGCGAAGACUGUAAAUGCCGAUUGUACUGAUUGGGUAAGAAAGUUAGAUGACGAAUUGUAUUCUUACUACACAACGUAUAAGACCCCCAUAGGUGCUUCACCAUAUCAGCUAGUGUAUGACAAGGCUUGUCACCUACCAAUUAAGCUUAAGCAUAAGACACUCUGGGCGUUGAAGAAGCUGAAUGUAGAUUGGCAAAAUGCAGCCAAGUCAAGGUUAAAUGAUAUCAAUGAGUUGGAUGAAUUCCAGCUUCGAGCAUAUGGAAGUUCAGCACUUUAA